UUCAUUAUCCAUCAUUCGUUGCACAUCACACAUCGAUUCCAAAUGUUUUUAGUAGUGUGAACAGUUUGUGCGGCCAUGCACGCCCGUGAUGGACGAGAUCUAUGUUUUGGUGUCCUGCGUCCUAUGUGCUACGUAUUCUGCCUUCUUUUUGCCUUUGGAAGUGAUCGAACUGAACAUCACAUGUAUCCACCGGCCAGAGAGGAAGAAGCAACCUCUCAAUAAAUGUGUAAAGGACCGUGAUUUAAACAGGAAAACACUGCAGAAGAUAACCGACAUAAAAUACUACAGGUCGAUGGUUGGUUGAUUCCGUAAACAUGGAGCCAAAGACAGUCAAUGUGUUCAGAAAAGGUGGAAAGGCAUUACUUCUGCUAAUCACUCGUCAAUGCUGCUUUGUUGGUACAAAUAUUUUUGCCUUUCUCGAAGUUAUCUGGUCACAAUUGCACUCAAAAGUUGACAAGUAAAAAAGUUGGGCUCUUGCUCGCCUUUUCAACUGCUUCUCAAGGGAUUCAAGAUAGAAAUGCGAUCAAACCAACCGGAAGAACCCUAAGGAUCCAGAAAACACAUGUUGGGAGAAGGAGGUACACAAACAAGUCAUUGAUCUUUUCUCUUUGAUCAAAAGACGUCGAUCUCCAUCACUUAUUACAUCGAGGAGCGGAACUGGAGGGCAAUUACAAUUAUUUGAGAAAAAAUGAGAGACCACAAUAAGUUCUCACAUACGUCAGCUUGUAAUAUUGGGACAAACACACCCUGACAGGAGAAAUUGAAGGACGACAAGCAAUCAAGAUCAAAAAGCCAUAGUAAUGAGGGAUAAUGUGGCUAAAGGGCCUCUGGUGGACACGGAGGAGGCUACUCUUAUAAAACCGGGAAAACAUAUUGACUUUCCUAUUUUAUUCCUUGCAGGUUCCCAUUAUUUAGGUCGCUUGAUCACCACCAGUAGCUCCGCUGUCAACAACUUGUUAAAUACAACUUUUCACCAUGUCGUUCUCCUAUUAUCCCAUCCUCGGACUCGUUGCUUUGGCGCCAAUAUUCGUCCUAUCGCUUCCUUUCGGUCUCGAUUCCUAUUUUCAUUCACCCAAUCUGUUUGCAAGCUCGUUGAACAUUGCCCGCACACUCCCUCAAAGCUGCUCUGUAAGCAAUAUACCUGUGCCUCUGGGUGAUCAGACGACCCUCUCCGUCUCGGAUGACGAAGUGAGCUCUAUGAUUGCUGUCGGUCGUGGAAUACAGAAUUAUACUUGUACUUCUGGGGCGUAUGUCUCUACCGGUGCACUAGCAAACCUUUUCGACGUGACUUGCCUUUAUGCAUUAACUGCUGGCAAUUUCGACCCUUCCUUUGUCAACUCAAUGUUACCCAAGAUGACAUUUGUUGCUCUCGACUACCCCAACACAGAUGAUCUCCAUGUAGCCAUCCACCAUCUUUUUGUUGAUACGCCCGGUUCCACUUCUGUAGGAAGCAUUUCUCCUGAAUUCUUAACCGAAACGGAUAGAGUUUUGGCAAGCAAAGCGGCAACUCUUGAUGACCCAUACAACCCUGCUAUCAACGUCCCUUGGCUCAAACUCGCUUCUGUUGAAGGUCAGGGAACGUAUGCUAAGAGCAUCUUUCGAAUCAACACUUUUCAAGGACAACCCCCAUCUUCGUGCACGACUGAAAAUGAGAAAAUAAGCGUCCAGUAUGCUUCCAUGUACUGGUUCACCAAGUGAUGAAGGAGCUACGGAUUUGAUAACGUUGAAUCCUCUGAAAUGUACUAGACUGUGUACCUUCCCGCGAAAUUUGAG